ACCGGCGUAAUGCUAGCGCGAGAAAGUGCCACGACUCCACAUAGACAUCGACUGACUCCUCAAGCUGAGGAUAAGAUUUUUUUUUUUAGUUUGUUUUUUUGCUGGCGUGGCGAGGCAGUUGGAUUCGAGAUAAUCACUUCUGUUUGAACUCUUCCUGAAGUGAUUCAUCCAACGGAAAUCUGCCGCGAGAAAAGAUAGGAAACUAGCAAUCAUGGACAUCUACGAUCCUCAGACCCUUGGAAUUGUGGUGUUUGGUGGCUUCAUGGUGUUCUCAGCCAUUGGGAUUGCUCUGGUCUCAACAUUUUCCAUGAAGGAGACCUCGUAUGAAGAAGCUAUAGCCAAGCAGCGGAAGGAGCAGGGGAAAACACUGUCCAGCCAACGAUCAGACAAGAAGAAAAAGGACAAGGCAGCUGAAAAGAAAAAUCGUGCUAAGAAAAAGGAAGAUAAGCCCAACGGGAAGCUCCUGGACUCAGAGUCCAUCCCUGAGGUUACAGACGUGCCAGCUGAGCCCAGUCCUUCAACUGCUCCAGGCCCAGAACAAGUUGCUGCACCAGCACCUAAACAAGAAGCCCCAGCUCAGAAGUCUCCCCAACCCACCCGUUCUCAGAAGCCAGCUUCACCUGCCCUGGCUCAGAAAUCGGUUUCAACUGUCCCAGCCCAGAAGUCAGCUCCACCUGCCCCAGCCCAGAAAUCUGUUUCACCUACCCAAAAGUCUACUCCAACUCCCUCUGCCCAGAAAUCUGCUUCACCUCCUCCUACCCAGAAAUCUUCACCUACUCUAGCUGCCCCUGCACAGAAAUCCACUUUACCUGCCCCUGCUCAGAAGUCUGCUUCAAAUGCCCAGAAAGCCACUCCACCUGCCCCAGACCAAAAAGCAGUUCCACCUGCCCAAGCCAAGAAAGCAGUUCCACCUGCCCCAGACCAGAAAUCUGCCCCACCGGCCCCAGCCCAGAAAUCUGCCCCACCGGCCCCAGCGCAGAAAUCUGCCCCACCGGCCCCAGCGCAGAAAUCUGCCCCACCGGCCCCAGCGCAGAAAUCUGCCCCACCGGCCCCAGCGCAGAAAUCUGCCCCACCGGCCCCAGCGCAGAAAUCUGCCCCACCAGCCCCAGCGCAGAAAUCCUCUCAACCUGCCCCAUCCCAGAAGGCUGCUCCAAAUGCCCCAACACAGAAAUCUGCUCCACCGGCCCCAGCGCAGAAAUCUGCUCCAACGGCCCCAGCGCAGAAAUCUGCUCCAACGGCCCCAGCGCAGAAAUCCUCUCAACCUGCCCCAUCCCAGAAAUCCGCUCCACCGGCCCCAGCACAGAAAUCUGCUCCACCGGCCCCAGCACAGAAAUCUGCUCCACCGGCCCCAGCACAGAAAUCUGCUCCAACGGCCCCAGCACAGAAAUCCUCUCAACCUGCCCCAUCCCAGAAGGCUGCUCCAAAUGCCCCAACACAGAAAUCUUCUCAGCCUGCCCCAUCCCAAAAGUCUGCUUCAAAUGCCCCAACCCAGAAAGCUGCCUCACCAUCCCCAGCCCAGAAGUCCUCUCCGCCUGACCAAAAACAAAGUCCACCUGCCCCGGCCCCUGGUAGUACCCCUCCUGCAUCCCAUCCUGCUCCUAAGGAUGCUCCACCCGCCCCAUCUCCUAAGGAUAAGAGGAAGAAGAAAGCCAAAGCAGAGUCUGCUUCAGCUGAGGUUCAGCCCAAAUCUGUGGCUCCAUUGGAGGUGGUGACCAAAAAGGUUCCUGUCAUGGCUGUGCCUCCAGUGGGUACUUCAAAAGCUGCUGCAGCAACUGCUGUGCCGGCCAAAGCAGAAGAGCCCAAACAAGAUGCUCCAGCCAAGAAGAAAGGAGGAUCCAAGAAGAAGUCAGAGCCAGCGGUGGCUGCAGACCCCGCAGACAGUCCACUGUACCUGCCCUACAAGGCCUUGCUUUCCACGGUGAGGGGUAUGGUGUUCACUGAAGGAGAGGCCCAGCAGCUCAUUGAGGUUCUGUCUGAUAAGACUGGCAUUAUUCAAGACACAUGGCACAAGGCCACACAGAAGGGUGAUCCGGUAGCUGUGCUGAAGAAACAGCUGGAAGAACGAGACAAGCAGCUGGCAGCCGAGCAGGAGGACUCUGCAGCUGUUAAAAGCAAACUGAGGGAUUUGACUAAAGAGCUCUCUGGGGAGAAGUCAAAGGUGGCGUCUGUAGAGACCAGGCUGAGCUCUCAGCUGAGUAAGCGAGAGCAGGACAUUAUUGCCCUGCAAGCACGCAUGCAGGCCAGUUAUCAAGACCACCUUGCAGAGACUCAGCAGCUUAAUGCCAAAGUCUUGGCUCUCCAGGACCAGCUGGAGAAAGGCCCUAAUGCUCAGUUGGCCCGUCUACAGCAGGAGAACUCUAUCCUCAGAGAUGCGCUUAACCAAGCCACCAGUCAGACGGAGAGCAAACAAAAUGCUGAAUUAGCCAAACUGCGUCAGGACUGCAUUCGACUGAAUAAGGAACUGGUGGAGAAGAAUGAGGCCUUGCAGGCUGACGAACAGCUCAGGAAAAAUCUGGAAUCUAAAGCUGCCACUGCUGAGAAACAACUGACCCAGCUGCAGGGGAAAUGGGUGAGCAGUGAAAAGGCUCUGCAGAAGCGUCUGGAGGACGUGAGUGAGGAGCUCAGACAGACCCAGAGCAGUAGAAACAGCCUUCAAACACAGCUUGAACAAGCUCAGAAAGAUGCCACUGCUCUAGCAGAGGCUCAAGCUCGUGUGGCCAGUGUGGAAGCAGAAAUGAUAGAGCAGACCGGACAGUUAGAGAGUCUGCAGAGACAGCUAAAACUGCUGGAGGCGAGCCAGAACAAAGAACAAAACCAUAAUUCAGAGGCUUUGAUAGCUGAACUGGAGCAAGCAAAGAGCAGCCAGAAGGAGAAAGAAGAGGAGCUGAUCCAACUCAAAAACAUCAUUGCCAACCAGGUGAAUUGAUUUGAAUCCGUUUAUUCUAUCUUUUCCUUUGAACUUAAGAUAAAAGAAAAAGAUGAUGAAAUAGCAACUCUUCAGGGAGAGCUCCAACAGUUUAAAGAAAAAAGUUCAGAGCUCACCAGACUUGAAAACACAGAAAUGCUGGAACAGCUACAAAACAGUUUGAAAGAAAAGGAGUCUCGCGUGGCUUCGUUUGAAGAAGAGAUGAGGCACUGUAAAGAACAGUAUGACACUAAACUGGCAGAUAGCACAGCCAAACUGGAGUUACUACAUAAAAGUGUAACUGAAAAAGAGAGCCUAGUGACAUCACUACAACAGGAAGUGCAGCAGCUCAAGGAUCUAAAUCAGUCACAUGGCAAGAAUUACGAAAGUUUGGAGGAUAUGCUGAAAUCUGUCCAGGCUGAGACCAAAGAAGUUCUUCACUCUCUUUUCCCACACAUCAACAUAGAGACCGCACAGACCAAUUGGCUUCAGGACUUUGCUGUGAAAGCACAAGAGGUGCUAAAUCAAAAGCAACUGAGCCAAGAAUCCCAGCAGAACACAGAGAUGGUGGAGAUAAUGGGCAAACUACAGGCAGCCCAGGAGAGUCACUGCACACUACAGUCUGAGUGUGAGCAGUACAGGAAUGUACUGGCUGAGACGGAGGGGAUGCUGAAAACACUUCAGAAGAGUGUAGAGGAGGAGGAGAGGGUGUGGAGGACCCAGAUAAUGGAGUCAGAGGAGAAACUGAGGAUGGCACUCAAAAAGGUGCAGGAAUUAGAAGAGACAACAGAGAGCUUGAGAGUGGACAACCAGAGGACCCAACAGCUGGAGGAGAAUGUGAUGUUGCUUGAGGCCCGGUUGGAGAAACAGCACCAGUCAGCGUCCACUGACAGCCAGAGUCAAUCUGAAGAGAUAACACACUUGAAGCAUGUUUUAGCAGAAUCAGAAAGACAGUUGAGUGUGGCCCAGCAGGAGACACAGACGCAGAGGGAGGAGCUUUCACAGGUCAGGCGCCAACUGAGUGACGUGACAAAGCAAGCUCAGGGAGUGGCAGAGAACGGGCAGCCUGAGGCGGAAGAGUGUCAGGUCCAGGCUCAGCUGGAACAGACAUUGGAAAACCUGCAGGGUGAACAGGCUCUAAACCAGCAGCUCUCUGCAGAAGUGGAGCAGACUCAGGAGGCCCUCAAACAGCUUCAGAGCCAUCUAGAGCAGAUGAAGUCAGCUGAAGACACUGCAGCCAUGGAGGAUGUUGUUCAGCUGAAGGAGUGUCUAGAGAAGGAGCGAAAGAUGACCAAAGAUUUGGGCCAGGCAGCCACCAAACUUCAACAGCUGCUGAGAAACAGUCAGGACCAACUGGCCAAAGAGAAAGAGAAAGUCAGGACCCUGCAGGAAAAAUUGCCAGACAAGGAAGGUGAUGGAGAGCUGAAGCAAGGCACUUCUGUUUGAGGUGUAAAACAAAAAACUUGCCAAAAAUUGCCUUAAGAUGACCAAAAUGAAGCAUUCCAAAAUUAGUUUUCUUCCUUUUUUUUUUUUUUUUUUUUUUUUUUCUCGGGCGUACUAGUCUUAGGAGAAAUUGUUUGAAGACUUUUGGGGAAAUGUAACUCGUGCAAACAUUUAAUUUCGGAGAUGUGCUGGAACUAUUUUCACUUUACAUUCCAUUUGAAACCUUCUGGCUGUGUCAGAAAAUAUUCCUCUGCCUUAUAUAUUCUUAGUGUUCCUGCACCUCUCCUCCUGAUGUCAGUGUUAAAAGGGAAACCGCAUGUACGUUAUGUGUACAUCAACUAGUGCAAUUAAUUUCUUGUAAGUGAAUGAGUAUGCAUAAUUGUAUGGUACAUGGGUACAGCAUUUGGAAUGGCCUCUCUGCAGCUGGCUUCAACACCACUGUAUUAAGUUUGAUAAUAAAUAAUAAUUGACAUCCUA